CAUUUAUCACAAAUAAUACGGAAAACAAUGGAGUGUCAAAAGUGUAAAAAAAUAUUAUCAAAAAAAGGAGCCCACUUCAUGUGCCAAGGUUCUUGUCAAGGAACUUUUCACAGAGGCUGUGUCAAAGGCCUCGCUGCAGAUAUGAAGGCAGGAAAAAACAGGAUCUACUGUAACAACUGUGAAGAUGAGGGUACUGAUGAAGAAGAAGUGGAGGAAGAGGUACAAGACUUUGAGAAAAUAUUGAAAGACAUUCAAAAAAAGGUCAGUGCCCUGCCCGGACUUAAGAAGCAUUUAGACACAAUACAACAAAGCAUUAGCGUAUUAUCGGAUAAAUAUGAUACACUAUUAUUUGAACACGAAGAAUCCAAAGGAAAAAUAUCGAAACUUGAAAAAACUGUGGCCAAUAUCAACAAUAGGUGUGUGUAUUUAGAGAAAUGUAAUAUCGCACUUGAGCAGAAACUGCAAGCUGCUGAGCAAUCAUCUUUUAAACAAAACCUUGAAAUUGUUGGCGUAGAAUACAUACCUGGUGAAAAAUUAAGAGAAAUUGUAACCAAAAUUGGAGAUGAGAUAGGCGUAAAGAGCGAUGGCAUAGAAUGGGUAAAGCGGAACAAAUAUUCCAAACAAGAAAACAAACCAUCUUCAAUAAUGGUAGGUUUCAAGGCAUCUGGUAUUGAAUCAAGGGAGGAAUGGUUAGCCAACCGACGCAAACUGAUCGAGUUAAAUAGCAGCAACUUUACUGGCGGAUCAGCUACAAACAAAGUUUAUAUCAAUGAAGACUUAACUAAAGCUACGAAGACAUUGCUGUGGAACGCUAAACGACAACUAAAAGGUAUUUAUAAAUACAUAUGGGUGACAAAUGGAAAAAUUCUAGUAAAAAGGAAGGAUGGCGACAAUACAAUAUGGAUUAGAAAUGAAAAUGAACUCUGCCAGUUAUCAAAGUAAAAUAAUUAUUUAGAA